GCCAUAAGUGAUGACACUUGAGAGAGGCUUUGGAGAAAGCUGGGGAGGAGGAAGAGAGGAGCGAGCCCACUCCAGACAGCUGCCAUGUUGUACGGAGAGGAGGCCAGUUUGACUCAGUUGGACAGUUCACAAACGGGAUAUAAAGUCAGCCAAGAAAGAAUUUGGAGCCAUAUUUUAGGGGUGCCAACCAGAAGGGAAAGACACACCAGGCACUGGCACCUGUGCUGUUCAGAGGAUGCCCAAUGCCCUCAAAGACCUAUUAAAAUCUCCCUCCUCUCUUGGCCCUGGGUCCAGAUUAGCCCCCCAACUCCUCCUCUCUUCCCGUUCUCUCCAGCCCCAUGGCUUCCUCCCCAGUGCUUCAGAAGAAGCAGCUCUUUCACACGGGAGCCCAUGCCUACCGGAUCCCUGCCCUGAUCUACCUGGCCCAGCACCGCACCUUCUUGGCGUUUGCUGAGCAGAGGGCCAGCAAGGCUGAUGAGAUGGCCAAGGAGAUUGUCCUACGCAGAGGGGAAUACCAGCCAUCAGCCAACGUGGUGCAGUGGCAAGAGGUGACGGUGAUGAGGACGGCUCAGCUGCAGGGCCACCGGUCCAUGAACCCCUCCCCUGUGUAUGACGAGACCACGGGGACCCUAUUUCUGUUGUUCAUUGUUGUCCCGGGCCAGGUGUCCGAGUAUCACCAGAUCACCACCAAGACCAACGUGGUACGUCUGUGCUGUGUGAGCAGCCAGGACCAGGGCAGGACCUGGAGCUCCGCCACAGACCUCACUGAGUCUGCCAUUGGGCCUGCGUACAAGGAAUGGGCCACUUUUGGCAUCGGGCCGGGUCAUGGUGUGCAGCUAAACAACAGCACUCGGAGGCUGGUGAUCCCCGCCUAUGCCUACAGGAUCCUCGAGCCGCACAGGAAGUCGUCUCCCUUUGCCUUCUGCUUCCUCAGCGACGAUCAUGGGCAGACGUGGAAAAUGGGAAAUUUUACAAGCAUGGAGAACACCCUGGAGUCCCAAGUGGUGGAAGUGAGUGGUCAUGGGCAGAGGGCCCUGUACUGUAACUGCAGAAGCACCCACAAGCUGAGGGUCCAGGCGGUCAGCUUCAAUGACGGCGUAGACUUCCAGGACACUCGCCUGAUCCCGACAUUGGUCGAACCACCGCACGGCUGCCAUGGAAGCGUGGUUGGCUUCCCUAAUCCCACCCAAAAUGCCCCGGGCUCUGUGGACACGUGGGUGCUUUACUCCCAUCCCACCCACCCAUCUGAGCGGGAAGACCUGGGUGUGUACCUUAAUACGAAUCCCUUGGACCCAACGGGCUGGACGAAGCCGGCCAUCCUCGCAAGAGGCUUUUGUGCUUACUCAGACCUGCAGUACAUGGGGCCGGGGCCCAGUGGGUCGCCCCAGUUUGGAUGCUUGUUUGAAUACGGAAAUUAUAAUGAAAUCCUCUUCUUCAUGUUCACCCUGGAGCAAGUUUUCCACUCUUGACCCCUCCUGCUGUUCAGGAAUCGCCUCUGCUGCUCACAUUCCCUGUUCUUCCUCUUUGAGCUCCCUCCCCAAGAGGAAUCGCCGUCCUUUGUCUCUGGGACCCUCAGGACUCACGAGGCCUCCAGGCCAGUCUUUGGCUCCCGCUAUUAAAAGCACGUGGUGUUUAAUAUGUAGCCCCUUCUGGCUGCCUUCUUUCCAGUAUUGACCAACAGGA